CAUUAUGCCUGUGUGCCUGUAACCUGUAUUAGAAGUAGAUGUUUUUAUUUUUAUUUUUGAGUUAGGGCCAGAUUUGUUAAUUAUUUAAAUAUAUUAGCUUUUGUCUUAUUUUUCAACUAAUACUUUUUAAGUCCAACCCAAGGAAAAUGCAGAUGGUACUAGGCCUUCCAUGGUUUCUUGGUUCAUUCUUUCUUUGUGGAAUCUGUGAUAUCUUGUCAUAAUGUUUGAGGUGAAAACUGACAAACGUGAUAACUGUGAAGAAGAAAUUUUCACGGUUGAUUAUAUCGCUAGUAGGAUCAAGACUGAAAUAGACUGUGAUGAAACCUCAAUUCAGGGGUUAAAUAAUAAUGUAUUUUCUUUAGACAUUGACGCAAUUAAACAUGAGGUAGAAACUGACAAUUUUCAUGAACAUAAAUCCGAGAGUGAAAAAGGAGAUGAUUAUAAUGUCUCUCAUUACAUCAAGGAUGAAGUCGACAUUGAUGGAGAAUCAUCUCAGUUAUCCAUGAAGGACUUUCCACACGAUAUUGCCGAUGGUUCAGCAAAGCAUGCUCAGGUAGAACAUGACAAUUUUCAUGGACAAAAAUUCGCUGGGGAAGAGGAGGAGGAGGAGGACGAGGUGGUGGAGGAUGAUGAUAAUGAGCAGGAGGAGGAGAUAGAUGAUUAUGAUAUCUCUAAUUACAUCAAGGAUGAAAUAGACAUUGACGAAAAUCCAUUUCAGUUGCCCAUGACGGAAUUUCCUCUUGAUGGUUCAGUAAAGCAAGUUGAGGAUAAUCAUUGUAUAAAUGCUGAUGCUGGCAUUGUUGCCGGGGUUGUGAAGAAUGAAAUUGAUGUAUAUGAAGAAUUUCCCAUAAACAUCGUGAAAGAGGAGUUCUCAAAUGAACCUUCAGUGGAUCCGUUUCUACCAAAAAUUGAGCCAAUGGAAGUUUACUUGAAUGACAAUUCACAACUCUAUGACGAUUUGGAAUUUAAACUUUUUGGCCGUGUAGCAGUUGUUAGUGCGUUUAGAUUGGAGGAUUUAGGCACAAAUGUAGGAUCUAGUUUGGAAGCCCAUAGGCCCAAUGAAGGCUGUGAACCAUCAGUUGAAGCAGAAUCUUGUAACAGUUCAGGAGAAAGAGGGCUGUUGUUGAGAUGUUUGAGAGAAUACCGCAUUAAUGAAACAAAGAGAGGUGUGAUUGCUGAUGCUAUUCAAAAGUGCAGGAGCAGGUGUAGUUCAACUCGUGGAUACAAAGCGCAAAAUUCAUCUCAAUUCUCAACACAUUCCAAGAUUCAUGUUGCUGACGAAACACAUUAUAAGUGUGAUAUCUGUGAAUACAAGACCAACCGAAAGCCUCAUUUUACAAGGCAUUAUAGAAGUCACACUGGAGAAAGACCAUAUAAGUGCGAUAUUUGUAAUUAUAGAUCUAUUAACAAAUAUACCUUGCAAAGGCAUAUUGAAAGGAUUCAUUUCAGUGGACAGAAUGAAAGAAGGCGUUACUUUUGCGAUCAAUGUGAUUCAACAUUUUUGUACCUGUCGGAUUUGAAAGAUCAUGUAAGGUGCAUUCAUGAAGGGGAAGAGGAUCUCUAUAGCUGUACAGUGUGUGACUUCAAAUGCAACAGGCUGAGACGUUUCCGUAGUCAUAUGAAGAUUCAUACUGAAAUUAAGAACUUGAGUUGUGACAAGUGUAGUUUUAAGUGUUCCAGGCCUAGCAAACUAAAUGAACAUAGGAGAAUACAUAGUGGAGAAAAACCUUUCAAGUGUAACAUGUGCCAAUAUCGAGCUACCAGGUUUGGACAUUUGAAAUUGCAUAUGAGAAAUCGUCAUACCAAUGAAAAGCCAAUGAACAGAUCCCCAACUUCAAGUGGUCUGUCAGUACAUAAAAAAAAUCAUACUACAGAGGCUUUUACAUGCGAUAUUUGUGGUUACAAGACCAUCGCUUUUGGUCAUUUAAAAACACAUAUCAGAACUCAUAAUGGUGAAAAACCUUUGUGACCACCAGUGUGCAUAGUUAUCCCCCUUGAUAAAGCAUAAAAGAAGGUGGCACAAAGGUUUUUCACCAGUAUGAGAGAUCAUAUCCACUAUAAAGUCUCUUUUGUUAUCGGCUAUGAAUGUUACUGCUAAGAGAAACACUGAUGCUAUUUUCAAAAUGAUAGAUCUUUCUGAUGUGAUUGAUUCAUCUUAUAUCAAGCAAAUAUUUAUAAUUUUAAGAAUAUAUUUUUUAUUGUGUUUAUAGAAUGCUCAAGAUAGAAUGAUUGUUUUUGAUUAUAAAUAAUUAUGUUAUAUGAGAUUGUUACUUUGUUAAAUAUAAUAGUUUAUUGUAUAGGAUAGUGUUAUAAAAUAUGCCUACAUGUGCUAAUAUUGAGCUGCCAGGUGUGGACAAUAUUGAAAUUGCAUGUAAGAACUGGCACUAAUGGGAAGCCAUAAUCCUUUGAUUAAUGUGAUCACAGGCAAGAAACGUCAUGUUGUCUGUGAAGUAGCUCACAAGUGUUUCAUAUGCUAAAUACAAUUGUUGCAUGUGCUAUUCGAUUGUGAAAAAACAAAUAGCUUUGAUGCCAGAGCCUGCUGUUGCAUUGCAUGUUAAGUAUUAUUCUUAUAUAUUUCUUGUUAUUGUAAUUGUAUUUUUUGUAAUCUUAUUGCACUAGCAUGGCCUAUAGUGAGGUCCACGUUAUAACGGCAGUGAAGAAAGAUAGGAGAAAAACGUUGCCAAGU